CUUCUAUUCACUUUAAACCAAUUUGAACAUAUUACACAGCCGUGAGUGCGUAUUAUUGCCGUCGAGAAAAAUUCGGUAGUGCGGGAGGUCGGACUAAUAUGUUUAUGGAUGAUUGCAAGGCUAUAUGAGUUCAAUUAUAUUUUAUAUCGUCGAUAAUGGAAGACAUGGCAGCCAAAGAACCAUUUGGACAAGCAGAGACAUGUAAUAACAUCGAUACGUUUGUGACCAACAUAUGGACGUCAAUAUGGUUAUGUGCAUGUAUAGGAUUAAUAACUUAUCUGACUUUCAAGUUAUUUAAGAAACGUCAGAAAGUUACAAAAUUCAACGCGGAUUCCGCUACUAUAAAUAUGACUCUUGAAUUAAAAUCAACAUUUAAUCAAUUCUCUGAAACUGAUCAUAUCAGAAUGAAUAACGAGAGUCAGAUUGAGGAAGCGGUAAUUUAUACAAAACAGAAAAUCGAAGACACUAAAAUGGCUUUGGAAGAAUACCAACAAGACUGCACUGUUGAAAUUCUGUCAGCCAUUAAAAAAAACAAGGUAUCUUUGACUGCUGAAAUCAAAUCGAUCGAAACCAGACUUUAUGAGAUACUUAAACACCCAAUGGCGACAGUACGGGACGAAUACUCCUUACAACGUGAUGAGUUUCGUGAACAAUUAAUAGGGUUCUACAGGACGACGAAGAUAACUGUGUCGGUAUCACCUCUAUUUGAGGGUCGUGAUAAACCCAUCUGGAAUAUCUUUGUGCAACCGAUAUUGAAUUAUAUCACAAUAGAGAAAGAUGGAUACAGAAAGAAAGCGGGCAACGCGGUACAGCAGUAUAAAGACGUAUUUUACAGUCAUGGCAAUCUCCAUCGACGCGUGUUUGUUCAAGGAGAGCCCGGAAUGGGCAAAUCGACAUUCCUAACAAAACUUGCUCUUGAUUGGUGCGAAGCGGUGUCUAUGCACAAUCCCGAGCACAAAGCUUCAUUUAGUGACGUCGCUACACUGAAUGAAUUCCAGUUCCUUUUUCACAUUUCGCUGAGAGAUGCGUAUGGUCAGCGUGAGGUGAUGGAGAUGAUCAAAACACAAAUUAUCGAUCUGAUUUACAUGGGUGAUAAACGGAAAAAGACUUUUAAACUGUUAAACCAAAUCCUGGAACGAGAGACAUGCAUCGUAUCUAUGGACGGGCUGAAUGAAUGGGCCGAUCCUUUUAACAAAUACACGGUACCCGCAUUGGCCAAUUGUUAUACUAAGUGCGUAUCGUUAAUUUCGUCACGGCCAUGGAGAAUGGCGGAUGAGCGAAUUAAAGAUUCAGAAAUUGACAGACUACUUGAAAUAAAAGGGAUAACUGAUCCAGACAAGCUCACAAAGCAAGUUAUAAUCAGUCUCCAGUCUGCCGAUCAAAAGACAUAUACUAAAUUUAUUGAAUACGUCAAAGCGCGUCAUUUGAUGCCUUUUCUUACGUCACCAUGGCUACAGACGUUGUUAAUAAGUUUGUGGAUGAACAAUAAAGACUGUAAUGGUUCAUUGUGCGAACUUAAUUGUAUUCUACUGGACCUACUUUUUAAGAAGGCAAAUGCAAAAGAAGGUUAUUUUAGAAAAGGUACUACUUUUAAGUGUUUAUCGAAUACGAGCUAUAUUGAACCACAGAAAGAGAUUUUAAAAGCCCUUGCUAACGCUGCAUUUCGUUUCACGUUUUCUUCAGAAAAAUCUUUGGUGUUUUCAAAAUUUGAAUUACGGAAUUAUAUGUCCGAAGAUCAAUUGAAAUUCUGCCUCGACGCUGGCCUGUUGACGGUACUUUGUAACUCCACAGUAUCUCUUGGUAGUCAACUAAUGUCUUUUCCACAUGAGACGGUCCAAGAAUUCCUAGCUGCAUUACAUGUAGCAAAUUCAAAGAUGGGUGAAAUAGAAAGUUUACUUAUCGAGCAUAAGUACAAUGUGUUACAAAUGAGCCAGAUAAUAAUUUAUCUGUGCGGGCUUGAUUGUGGCAUAGCGAAUGCACUGAUAAACCGUCUUACUGACGGCGACUUCUUCAACGACAUGAACCAUGCGCUCAGCAAUUAUAUAGUGUAUUUUAAUAAUAGGAAAUUAGAAGCAUUUAAUACAGAUUAUAAAACAAUAGGUAACAUUCGAAAAUCUAAAGAUUGGUGGAAUAACGAUUCUCGUAUCUUAGCUGUAUCAUUCUUAUUUCAGCGCAUGAUGAUAGCUGGUUUCAUUGAGGCUAAAGCUAGCGGUCAGAUGGAUAUUUGUUUGAAGUGCAGAGACUUUACAUUCAACACAUAUUUGAACGAGUCCGAAUCAAACGCAUUAUGUUCCCUGUUAAUGUUUAACAAAUCAGAUGUCAGGACUCUUAUUUUAGAAAGUGAUAUACUGCAAAUAAGCGAACUACUGACAGUCCUUCAACAGUCGAGUCAUUGUCUUCAACGUGUUAAGGCAAAAGUUGUUCCGGCAAUACAUAGAGCAUUCAAUAAUUUAAAGCUGCAAGAGCUGCAUUUGAUUGGAAGAGUUAACGUACCAUCUGUAUUUGAUAUGCUUACAUCAAUGUCUAAUUUAAGGUACUUAUUCAUAGAAGAUUCAACUUGCAACGAAGAAAUUCCUAUCCCUGCAACAUUAGAAUACUUCGAUUUGAAGAACAUUACAUGUUCAGAUGUGUUCCUACAAAAGUUACUAGUGCAAUUAUCUUUACUAAAACAGUUUAAAGAGGUUCAGUUCGAAAUGUGUGAUAUGAAUGUAUCGGACUGCAAUAGAUCCAUUGUACAAUCAGAACCAUUGCCAAUUGACAUGUCGCAUUUCUAUGUAAGCAUAAUACAGAGUAGUAUUGAAAUGUAUAGUCUGCUGCGAUGUGCACCUAUCGUUAACAUGAAACUUCUGACGGCUGUUGAUGCUGCAUUAGCCUGCCUGCAUCGUUACACUGUAUCAGUCUUCAGACAGGCGAAUGUUCCUAUGAGUGGCUGUGUGGCUUGUUGA